ACAAACGCAGGCUCGCCGCUGACGCUCUUCAUCGAAGCUCCUCGGUUGUUUACAGUUUUCCGUUUAGCUUCAGGUUAAGUUCUCUGAUUAAAACCGUUUAAAUUGCAUUUUCAGCAUGGGUUGCGACGGUGGAACCAUUCCCAAAAGACACGAACUGGUCAAAGGCCCGAAAAAGGUUGAAAAGGUGGAUAAAACCGCAGAACUUGCUGCUAAAUGGAGAUAUUGUGCAUUGAGUCAGGAGAAGCUGAAGCGGCCCAUAGUCGCCUGUGAACUGGGCAGACUGUAUAACAAAGAUGCGAUCAUUGAGUACUUGUUGGAUAAAUCAGCGGAGAGGCCGAACUCUGAGGUCGUGGCUCACAUCCGGAGCAUCAAGGACGUGAAGGAGCUGAAUCUGACAGAUAACCCGGCGUGGAAGGGCGAGAGGCGCAACAUUAAAGGGGACUGUUAUGAGGACAUGCACUGCAGCAUGUUCAUCUGUCCUGUGGUUGGUCUGGAGAUGAACGGAAAACACAAGUUUUUGUACCUACAGACCUGUGGGUGUGUUUUCUCAGAACGAGCGCUCAAAGAGGUCAAGACCGAAAUCUGUCACAAGUGUGGAGAUCCUUUCCAAGAAGACGACCUUGUGAUGCUGAAUGGGACUAAAGAGGAGGUGGAGAAGCUACAGAGGGCCAUGGAGGAGCGCCGGUCAAAGGCUAAAACUGCAAAAAAAUCAAAGAAGAGCAAAGAUACUAAAGUCUCCAAGGCGCAGGAUCCAUCAGUAACGGCAGGAAGCUGUGACGCCUCAGAGACUAAACCCACAUCACUGAAUGGAGAAAGCAGCAGUGAUUCAGCUCCAGGACCGUCUACAUCCGGAGAGAGCUCUAAGACAUUAAAGGCCCCCCUGGGACCCGUCAUUGGCAGUAAGAGAUCGAUCCAGGACAUGAAGGACAAAUCUGAAACCUUCAAGUCACUCUUCACCUCCCACAGCUCGGCCAAACGUACCAAAGACCAGAUAUCCAACUGGGUCACACACACGCCUUACCACUUUUGAGUGUGUUCUUCCUAGUGAAGCUCGCUCUGUAGUGGUCUAGCUUUGGAGGAGCAAAAUUAAUGCAUUGUAUUAACCUCUUUCUUUUUCAAUUUUGCAUCCUUUAUAAGAUUAUCUUAAUUUAGUUGCAUGCAUAAGAGUUCAGUAAACUCAUGUUGGCUUGAGUGAUACAAUUUUGGACUGGAUUGUAUGAUUUAUUAAGGUUUAAACAUGAGCUGUAUUGCAGUAAAAACACAUUUAAAGGCUGAUAUCUUUGUAUGUUGUAAUUAUUGUGCAUUUCACAGUAUUCAUAGAAAUAGCUACAGUAGUUAUACAGUGUGCUUUUAAACAUGCAUUAUUUGUGAACACAGUAAAAGUCCGAUCUGGGAGAAAUCCCGCACUGUUGUUGGAUAUGUGUUAGUAAUGAUCCUCAAUACUGCUUUUGUCCACAGGGCGGCAGUAGAUGUCUAUGAAUAAGCGCUGCCUCAGUCUAACAGUAUUAGAUCUGAUGUAGUUAUCCGUUUCCUGACUUUUCGCAGUCUGUUAUGUUCAUCUGACAGGUGCAUUAAUAAAAUCCAGACUCUACAGUU